AUGCCUGGUACAGUCAUUGUGACGGGCGCUGCUGGCGGCCUUGGUCAAGCGAUCGCGGAAAGAGUUGUGCAAGACCCUGGAUCAUAUCACUGCCUGUUCACUGUCCGUAACAAAAACACCCCUCGCGCGAAGAAGCUACAUCAACUAGACGGCGCAAACGCCAAGGAGAUCAAAACUCCUGAACUUGAUCUCUCCAGCCUUCAGUCUAUCCGAGCAUUUGCCAGUGACCUGAAUGCAAAAGUCAGGUCUGGCACGCUCCCGCCUAUCAGAGCGCUAAUUCUCAAUGCGGCAGUCUUUUAUGAGAAAGGCGGCCUCAAAUUUACCAACAACGAUGGCGACAAGGAGGGCUUUGAGAUAAAUUUCGCCGUGAAUUACCUUGCAAAUUUUCUCCUUACAUUAUUGUUGCUGGGAAGUCUAGAUAAAGAGCACGGACGCAUUGUUUACGUGUCGAGCUGGACGCAUGACCCGGCACUACCUGUUAACCAAAGGCAUAAGCCUGAAAAGCUGCAGUGGGAUCCAGUGCAACUGGCGCGUCCGAAAGAACAACUCAGUCCGGGAGAGCAGGCAGAUGACGCAAUGAGACGAUAUGGUGCUUCGAAGCUAUGCCAGGUUACGUUUAUGCACGCCUUGCAAAAGCGCCUAGAUAAGACACCUGGCCUAGAGAAAAUCUGCGUUCUCGGCGUUGACCCUGGCGGAAUGAUCCAUGACAACCUAAACCACAAGUUUUCCGCAUUUCAGAGAUAUGUAUUAGUUCCCCCUGUCCGGAUAUAUACGAGACUUGCGGUCAAUCUGUGGCCUAAUGGAAGGCUUCGCACCGUAGAGAAAUCUGCGGGUGAUAUUGUGAGGGCAGCACUAUGCCUAGAAGAUCCACAGCUAGGUCUCUAUCCCAAAGAUGUCUACUUAAAUGGCAGUGAGCUUGCUGAGUCUGCUGCCCUAUCAAAGGACGAGGAAUGUCAGGAACUACUCUGGAAGUUGAGCCUUCAGUUCGCAAACCUGGAUGAGAGGGAGACUGCUUUGGGUGGAGUAGCCGGUACAGCUUCCAUGUAA